AUGUCUCCCGCCGCCGUUCAGACCCAGGACGCCAACUUGACGGCCGCUGCCGUUCAGGUCAAGGAAGUCAACGGCUCUGCCAUCGCCGAGCUCGAUGCCUCCAAGCUCACCUACACCUACAACAAGGAGAACCGUACCGUCCCCGAUGAGGCCGUUGCCAACGCCGGCUCCGAGACUAUUGCCACUGACCACAUGGUCAUCGCCAACUGGUCUGCUGCUACUGGCUGGGCCGCCCCCGAACUCAAGCCCUACGGUCCUCUGAGCCUCAUGCCCACUGCUUCUUGCCUGCACUACGCUACCGAGUGCUUCGAAGGCCUCAAGGUCUACCGCGGAUACGACGGCAAGCUUCGCAUCUUCCGCCCUGACCGCAACGCUGAGCGCUUCCGCAUGUCUGCUAGCCGUAUCUCUCUCCCCGUCUUCCCUCCUGCUGAGCUCACCAAGCUCAUCAUCGCUCUCCUCGAAGUCGAUGGCCCCAAGUGGCUCCCCGCUGACAAGCCCGGUGCUUACCUCUACCUCCGCCCUACCUUGAUUGGUACUCAGUCUCAACUUGGUGUCCAGAGCCCCAAGGAGGCUAUGCUCUACAUCAUCGUCACCUUCAUGCCCCGUCUCGAUGCUCCCCCCGGUGGUAUGCGUCUCCACACCUCUCCCGAGGACAUGGUUCGCGCCUGGGUUGGUGGCUUCGGUUACGCCAAGGUCGGUGCGAACUACGGCCCUUCUUUGAUGGCCACUAGCGAAGCCCGUGCCCGCGGCUACCACCAGAUUCUCUGGCUCUACGGACCCCAGGGUGAGUGCACUGAAGCCGGUGCCUCCAACUUCUUCGUCUUGUGGAAGCGCAAGGACGGCAAGACCGAGCUCAUCACCGCUCCUCUUGAUGACAAGCUCAUCCUUGACGGUGUUACUCGCCGCAGUGUUCUUGACAUUGCUCGCGAGAAGCUCAGUGACGAAAUUGAAAUCACUGAGCGCAAGUACACCAUCGACGAAGUUGUUGAGGCUGACGCUGAGGGCCGCAUCAUUGAAUCUUUCGCUGCCGGUACUGCUUACUUCAUUUGCGCCAUCUCUGCUAUCCACCACCGUGGCAAGGAUAUCAACAUCCCCAUGGGCCCCGACGGCAAGGCCGGUGAGAUCACCAGCAAGAUCAAGGGCUGGGUCGGCGACAUCAUGUACGGAAACACUCCUGACCACCCCUGGGCUAUUGUCAUCAACGAGAAGGGUGCUCAGUAA